AUGGCAAAUGUCAGAGAGCUUAAGAGGCUGACGGUGUAUGACAUCCAGAGGAUUCUGUGUUGGGCAUUUAACCUGUCUAAAAGGCCUUCCUUCCUUCCCCUGAGAGCAACCGACCGCCCGGACACAAUCAACAUGGUCAAACUCGAAGAAACCUCAGAAAACAUUUCGAGGCUCCUGGGCAAGCUCAAGGCGAGACACACCGCGCUUGUAAACGAGCAGCUGUCUCUUGAUGACAUAGUCGAGUGCAUCUUGAGGGACGGAGGAUAUGACGGCAUCAUCCCAUCCCUUGAGUAUGUUAGGAUGGAUAACCUGCCGCUCAUCCCUAUGGUGAGGUUCGAAGAUGUAUACCGCUCGGGAAUAUUUGUAGACAGCAAAAGUCCUCAGCCAGAAAUCGACGUAAGCAAAUACAGAAGAGCACAUGUGUCUGCAUUGCAUGACAUAGUCGCACUGGAUGUAGAAAAAGUCAGGACAAAGAUGGGAAAGGAGCCCGGAAGGGUUACAAUGGUUGAUUGCAACGGAGAGGUCAUCUACGAUAAGAUAAUCAAGCCAAAAGAGCCUGUGGUGGACUAUCUGACCAAAUAUAGCGGACUGACAAAGGAGGUGGUUGACAGGGGUAUUGACAUUGAGAUUGUUAGAAAUGAGGUUCUUAACUUCAUUGGAACCAACACAGUAAUUAUAGGGCAUGGGAUUGAGAACGACCUGAGUUCACUGAGGCUGUAUCAUGAUAAAAUCAUAGAUACGGCCCAUCUAUUCCUAAGUCCUCUGGGAAGAAAGAUAUCCCUUGCACAGCUGGCAAGGACGUACCUUGCCAAAGAUAUCCACGUGGAAACACACGACUCAAGGGUGGAUGCAGUCACUUGUCUCGAGCUUCUUUCAGUAAAAAUACAGUACAUGCUCAGGGUGACAGACCCGGGAUGUCCAAAGCUGAAGAUCCAGGCAAUAAUAGAGAAGAAGUGUGCCUCUGAUCUCUUAAAGCACGAUAGAGGACACUUAAACAUAGCAGCUUGCAGUUAUAGGGACCUGGCCAAGCAUCUCAAGUCCUACAGAAAAAGAAGGGAGUGUCUUUGGAUGCUUAUCUAUAAGGCAGGCGAUAACAUCUACUUCAGCUUUUAA